AUGGCUGGCCCUUCGACCCCGAGAAAUCGGGAGGAUGCCAAGAAGCGUAAGAGAGAGCAGAACGAGAGGGACGGACAGGCGAAGCGCCUUCGACAGAAGACCAAGAUGAGUACGGCAAAUGGUCAGAAGAACGGGAAUACCGACGCCGACGAUCUUCGCGACGGUGCAUUGAACGUGCUUUCGCAGCUUCAGAAGGACCUUACCGACGACCAAAUCGAGACCGAACUUGUCAAGCUUGGGAACACGGAGGCCCAGGAGGCGGGAUGGCAAAUUUCCCUGCCAAUGGGCGGCCGAAUGGCUGAAAUCGACCCAAUCUUCGCCGAGAAUGAGAAAUACCUGAUUGUCACUUACAACACAUCCUUGCAAAUCUACUCGGUAGCCGAGUCACUACUGAUCCGAAGAAUCGCGCUCCCGGUGGUCCAAAAUACAUACGCGGAAAAGUCUUCUGCUCCUACAAUCGUCGCCACGCGCCAAUCGCAACUCAAGCCCGACUUCCUCUGGGUAGCUUGCUCCGACGGCAGGGUCUGGCGGGUGAACUGGAAGAAGGGAACCGGUGUCUACGACGAGUUCCGGACUCAGUCGCAAACGGCUCUGGACCUGUCCGUGGCAGAAAUCGAGGGAGAAAAGAAGACGAUGGAGGUUCUGUACGUCUCGGAGGGAAAGAAGCACGCAAAGGGCGAAGUUGUCGCAUACUCCGGUCCCGAUUUCAAGCAACCCACCUCCGAGGUCCUCUUUGCAACGAAGCAGGUCGACCAGGCAAUCCACUUGUUGCGCUCUAGUAUCGAUGGCAAGGUCAUUGUCGGAGCAACAAAGGAUGGUCUCAUUGUCGGUACUACGACGCCAGAGUCAUCCCAGGCCGGCGCCGGUCCUGAGUGGGAGUUCUUCACCUUCGACACGACCGAUAUUAUCUGCUCCCUCGACAUUCGAGUCACCCACAGCAGGGAAAAUUCUCUUGUCCUCGACCUGAUUGCGGGUGGUGCCCGUGGUGCUAUCUACUACUACGACGACAUUCUCAGAAAAUUGCAGAACCUGAAUGCACCAAAAUCAAAGAGGGACGCUCUUCAGAGCCGUAAAUUUCACUGGCACAGGAGGGCUGUUCACAGCUUGAAGUGGUCAAAGGAUGGUCAAUACAUGAUUUCCGGUGGUUCGGAAAAUGUCCUCGUGCUCUGGCAGAUGGACACCGGCAGGAGGGACUAUCUCCCCCAUCUCUCGGGAAGUAUAGAAAAUAUCGUUGUGUCUCCCACUGGAGCAUCCUACGCAGUCCACUUGGACGACAACUCUGCUAUGGUCUUAUCCACGGCAGAGAUGAAGCCAUCGACGUAUAUCUCGGGUAUUCAGUCGGCGGCUCGAUUUACCUCUACGCCAAAGGACCUGCUCGUGAAGCGUGUCUGGUCUGUGUCAGAUGAGGUGCGGCACCCGGUUCCUGCGGCACUGAACCCUGCGGAGCCUUCAAGACUGUAUGUGUGCACUGGGACGGGCCAGCAGUCUAUGCUGGCUGGCGAAAUCCAGUCAGCACCCUUGUUGCAAUCAUUCGAUAUGGAGUCGUUCCGGAGUAUCUCAAAGCAAGCUCUGGCAAGAACCCAGCCGACAGAUAUCAACAUCACGUCAAAGGGCAAUCCCAUCUCAGAACCUCGCAUCACCCACGUCGCGUUCUCGCAUGACGGCAGGUGGCUGGCGACCGUUGACGACUGGCAACCCCCUAAGCGUGACGUUGAGAAGGUGGCUCCAGAAGCGCGUGAGCAGUUUGUGAGAGAAAGGCGCGAGAUUUACCUUAAGUUCUGGUCUGCCACAUCUGGUGAAGAGCACUUUGCCCUGUCUUCGAGAAUCAACAGCCCGCACGUUACAAGUCGGCCAGAGACGGUCCUGGCCCUUGCAGCAGACCACACAACGAAUAGAUUUGCCACCCUUGGAGAUGACGGUAUGGCGCGGAUAUGGCAGUCAAGAACAAGGCAGCAAGAUGGCAUCGCGUCCAAGGACAACGCUGGUGAGGCUCUGCACUCGUGGUCAUGCACCGUGACCGUGGGCCUCGGAGGCAACGUGGGAGCUGAUGCACUUACCACCACCGGAGAGGUGACGGGUGAGCGCAGCGGCAGCCUGUGCUUUUCUGAGGACGGCUCGACACUUUUUGUUGCCUUUGGCAACUCAAAUGAUGGCGGCAUCUACGUGAUCGAUACCGAGACUGGUGAGAUCAGAUCAACAUUGGAAAACUUGUGGAAGGGCCACAUUCGCCGCCUUCAGGUUCUGUCCCCGUACAUCAUCACUCUUUCGGAUGACCUAAGAGUGUUUGAUGUGGUCGCCGACGAGUUGCAAUAUGGCAUCCAGCUGCCGAGCGGCCGCAACGCUACGGCAGUCAGGGAGUUUAGUCACUUGGCUGUUGACCGCAAAUCGCGGACGUUUGCUGUCGUCGUGCCCGGCGGCCAAGCGUCGCAGCUUGCAGUUUUCAAACCGGAGGAGCCUGUGCUGCUGUGCGUGAGGCGGAUCCCCCACCGUAUCACCAGUCUCGUUUCAACCGGAAGUUCGUCAGGCUUCGUCGCGGUCGACGACGCCGCGCAACUAUGGACAGUCGCCGAGGCCUCGGAUCCCGCCGCCGUCGCUCUCUCAAGGCCACUGGAGGACAUGCAGCUGGAUAGUGAGCCGGUUGCUGGAGAUGUGAUCUUGGACGACGCCAUCGAGGACGAGGAGAUGGCUAGCGACAAUGAGCAGGAGACAAAGGCUGUCAACGGAGAAGAGAUGGAUUUGGACGAUGACGACGCCCAGCCGGCUGUCAUCAACAGGCAAAAGCUAGCUGAGCUGUUUGAUGCGGCGCCAGCUUUUGCAAUGCCCUCGGUUGAGGACAUGUUCUAUAAGGUGACGGGGUUGUUGGCGACGAAGCCUCUGGGGUCAUGA